CAACGACACAAGCCUUGGACGUCGCAGGCACUGCCCAUCGAACUCGGUCGUCAUGGCUUGCUACCUGCCGUGCACCUGCUCCGCGAGUUGGCGAGAAGGCGACGCGCUUCAACUACCAUCCCCCAGCCGCGCGCGAGGAGGAGCGACAAGGCUGGCGCCUUGGUCGUCGCCGUGUUCGUCGACGCAUCGGACGAGAUCGUCACGCAUUUUCCCUAAUAACGUGGCACCGUUUACUCCGGCCUCCUGGUUCGGUCCCACGUCUCGGGGCUAUCGCGUCGUUGAAGCAGCUUCCGCCCAGCUUCCGCCUCUGCCUGGCCCUCCAAGUGCGCCUGCACUGACGGCAGCCGUACGUCCAGCACAAAGGAAACUGACGCGCCGAGGCGCACCCACACGUUUCUACACCAAGCGCCGCCACACUCAGUUCGGAGUUCAUCUUGCGUGCGUCGUGCAUCUAUCCGGAUGACUGGCUGUCCGGAUACACCUUCCGACUGCGGUCCCACAAAUCUUGAAAAAAUAGGCAGCGAUGGUCCUCCUCCGGUUCUACUUGGCGCUCGCGACGUGGGCGACCGCGGCCGUCCUUGGCCAGCACCCCGAGUUCCACGCUGCGUGCGCCAACAACAAGGUCGAAGUCGUCGCCGGCCUUCUCAAGACGAACCCCGAAGUGCUCAACGAAGUCGGCCCCGAGGGCGGGCAGACGUGCCUCAUGCGCGCAUGCCUCUUUGGCUCGAUCGAUGUCGUCAAGCUUCUCUUGACGUACCCGGGCAUUGAUGUCAUGAAGGGCGAGAAGGAUGGGUACACGCCCAUGCACGGCGCCGCGUACCAAGGCCGCCCGGCGGUCGCCAAGCUGCUCUUGGAACACGGCUUGAGCCCGACCGAAUUGCACAAGGACGGCUUUGCGCCGUUUCAUCGCGCGGCGUGGGGCAGCCAGCGCCGCCAUACCGAGACGGUCCGCGUCUUCCUCGAGGCCGGCGUGCCCCGCGACUUGAAGAACGCGGAUGGGCUCACGGCGGUUGAGAUUACCGAAAACUACUACACGCGUCGCCUGCUUCAAAACCUCCAGCCGAUCGACGAGCUCUGAUAAACAAGCCUACGACUACGAUGUUUCGAAAGAAGCUUGGGCGUUUGCUACUCGU